AUGCGCCUCACAAACGCUCUUCUCCUCAGCUUCUCGGCGCGGGCCAUCGCUCAGCCUGUCGUCAACGGCAUGCGCGCCAGGGCAGAUGACCCCAAGCCCACCUGGGCCGUUGUCAAUGUCGACGGCAGCAACGGUGAUGGCGACUGCGACGACUGCGAUUCGGCCACCGUCACCGUCACCAAGGCGCCGAAGCCUACGACCGUCACCCACCGCGUGACCGAUACUGUCGUUCGCGUCUCCUCGGUGCCCGUCAUCUCGAUCGUGCCUGUCAAAGGCAAGCCUGACAAAUCCCCGGUCACUGUGACCGUGUACGGGCCAACGGCGACGACUUUGACAACCUCCUCGACCUCGACGAGCGCGACAUCGACCUCCACAUCGACGACAACAUCAGUAACAACGCCGACAACUGCACCGUCGACUUCGACCUCUGCAUCCACGACGACAACAUCGAGCUCCUCCACCAGCACGGUGACGUCUACCACCCUUCCUGUCGCUCCUGCUCCUCAACCUGAGCCCACACCUUCUACUACGCCUUCAGUGCCUCUGCCUGACCCUGCAUCGACCACCACCAUCUCCACCUCCACCUCCACGGCCGCCGCCGUGCCUCCCAUCUGGGCGCCCGAGCCCGAGCUGCCUUCUUCGGCACCGGUCUGGUCUCCUGAGCCUGCGCCGACCACAUCUCUUCCUGCCGGAUGGGAGCCGACGUCCAUACCUGCGCCGUCCAACUCUGCACCUGUUAUUGGCGCGCCAGGGCCUUCGACCGUGUCUUCCUCGAUUGAGGUCUCCUCGGCCCUGCCCUCUGCCAAUGCCUCACAGCCCUCUGUGCCUGUGUGGUCAGCACCCAGCGCUGUGCCCUCAGAGUCUGUCAGCUCAGCGGGGCCCACGAGCUGGGCGCCCACGCCGACGACUCUCGUCACUCUCAUCUCAAGCAUCACGGAGGCUCCCGUGCCGGAGUCGACAACUCACACUCCCGACGAUGGGCUCUGGUACAGCGCCAAGUACCCACCGCACCACAAUGGGACCGAGGGUCGCUUCUGGAAGUAA